AUGAAAGAAUCGCUUGAGACGUACAUCACGCAAAGGAUUCACCAAGACGUUCUCAGCAGACAAUGGCACCACAUCAUCAUUAGCGGUACCAUUCAACGAAGUGCACCGGCCACUAUUAGUUCCUGGGAACGGACAGAUCGACCAUUUAAUUAUCGUCGGCCGACAGCUACAAUUGAAGACGACUCUACUAUCACCCUCCAUUGCUUGCCAAGCGCGAGCUGCGUCCAGCAUUACGCUAGCGUCAUUUCCACCUACCUGUCUCUCACUGGAGGCAACCCCGCCAUCGUUCAAGUCAAGAUACCACGAGACGACACGCUGGCCAAUAUCUUUCUGGCGAGCAAUCUUCCCCAGAUAGAAAAGAGCGAUGUUUUUAUAAUUGGUGAUGUAGACCUGCUUAGGGGUCUAUCUGCUGGUGUAUCGUGGGGAAACCAAAGCGAAGACGAGCUGUUUGCUUGGCACAGAUACACCUCACGCAAUGGGAAUAUUGCAACGUUACUCGGAUGCAGAGAGAGCAUUUGGGGGGAAGCAUCGGGAGCUCUUAGCCGCCUUGUUCACAAAAUCGCCGAUGCGCAAUGUAUUAUAUAUGUCGGCAAAGUAGGGUCACUACAUCCAGGGCCAACACCAAACACGACAAUCGCAUCUGGGUCCAGCGCUAUCUUAGACGGUAAACUUAUUACUUGGGAUAGCCCGUUAGAACAAGCUAUCGAAGGAUUUGAGCGAGUGACAGUAGGAUCGCAGAUUACAGUCUCAUCGCCACUCUGCGAGACAAACGACUGGCUUGAGACCUGGAAAGAGAAAUGUAUGUGGGUUGACUGCGAGUCUGGACAUAUUGCUCGCGUUGCGAAUGAAACAAGGAUGGACUUUGGAUAUCUUCACAUUGUCUCGGACAACCUGAGCUGUGAAUCUAGAGAUAAUCUGUCCAACGAACAUUUCGAUGAUGUCGGAUCAAAACGAGAGGGCGUAUUAUAG